UUACAGCACUAUUUAUAGUGUGUUGUCUCUGCUUUGUUUAUUUUGCGUAUUUUUUUUUUUAAGAAAUUGAACCAUGACAAGUAACGACGUAGGAUCAGCGUCAGCUUUCUCAAGCUCAGAGACGGCAGCUCUAGAGCGUCAGACGGAAGUGCAGGAUGACCAGGUGGUGAGUCUCGAACAGAUCUGGAACGAGAGACACAAAAAAGUUAGCAGCGGUUGGAUACGGCAAAAUGGUUACCAAAGGAUCUGCCUACAGUUUCCGGAUGACUAUUUGCCCCACAGCAAUGUCAUCAGUGAAAGUCUGAAGGCGAUUUUGGGUUCGAGUGCCAAGACUUUCAUUCUGGCAGAUACAACAUAUGGCAGCUGCUGCGUAGACGAAAUAGCCGCGGCUCAUGUAGAGGCAGACAGUGUAAUUCAUUUUGGAAAUGCUUGCCGUAGCAAAGCCAGCCGGCUGCCUGUCCUGUAUCUGUAUCCAGAGCUACCAUUGGAAGUGCGCGAGCUGAUUAAUAACCUUAUCGCGUUGAAGGCAGAGUGCACAGAACGUGAAGUAUGUAUAUAUCUGGAUAUUGGCUAUCAGCAUUUAAACGAGGAGCCGAACGAGGGCGACAAUCUCUGCAGACAAUUAAAGGAAGCACUGCAACCAAAAGAACUCCAUGUGGACGUCUAUCCAUUGCCAGCAGAGGAUGCAUCUGCUUUAAAACCUCUAUCGGAGUCAGCUGGUGAACGCAUUUGUGUCUUCGUGGGUUCAGAUAAUCAACGCUUUGCCAAUCUCUCGCUUACCACUCCGGCCUUGCAAUGGCACAUCUUCGAUGGUGUUUCCCAUACACUAAGCGCAAAGAAUCCAUUGACAGCCCAAUACAUUCGUAGACGCUACUAUUAUAUAGAGAAGUGCAAGGAUGCCCAGACAUUGGGCUUGGUUGUGGCCACUCUUACAGCAGAGGGAUAUCUCGAUGUGGUGGCCCGACUACAGUCUAUGGCUAAGGGACGUGGUAUAAAGACACAACUCCUUUCUGUGGGCCGCCUUAAUCCAGAGAAGUUGGCCAACUUUUUGGAGAUCGAUUGUUUUGUUCUCAUUGGUUGUCCAUUCAAUAACAUGUAUAAUUCUAAGGACUAUUAUAAGCCCAUUGUCUCUGUUUUCGAGGCUGAGAUGGCUCUAAAUCCAGCCUGGCAUAUGAAGUAUCCCGAGUCAUAUGUGACGGACUUCAAGAGCUUGCUGCCUGAGGGUCGCGGCUUUCUUCCGUUCGACGAGGAGGCUCUGUUUCAAGAAGAUCAACAGGAUGUUAGUCUCGUAAGUGGCCGGAUGAGAGGUGGCACAUCUCAGGACGACAAUUCCGCUUCUCUGGCUGUUGCACCGCGAGCCAAAAUGGAAUUGAUGACCAAUAAUACUGGCUUGAGCUUUGAAGAUCGCACCUGGCAAGGCUUGGAUCCCGCCUUAGGGCAGACAGAGCCCGCCGCCGUGCAGCAAGGCCUUAGUGGCAUACCCAUUAAGUACUCACAUCAAUAAAACAAAAAUAUUCCUACAAACAUAAACAGAAUUCAAAGUCGAUCAAAUAAAUAUUGGUUCACACAUAUUUUUUUAAA